UUGUUGAAAUAUUUACUCAAUUUUUUUUAACUACAAAAAUAGCUAUAGAAACGAGAAUUUAUUUUUUUAUAACUAAUUUUACAUUUUCUGAAUAUUAAUAUGACACUUAAGAAAAGUGACUUCAUCGUAUGGAUUGACAUGGAAAAAACGGGACUUGAUCCUCUAAAGGAUCGAAUUUUAGAACUCGCCUGUAUUAUUACCGAUGGCAAUUUAAAAACAGUGAGCGAUGAAUUUCACGUUGUUAUUCAUCAAUCGGAUGAAGUCCUCGAUAAUAUGGAUACUUUGAAUAGAAAUCGUCAUAAAACGUCUGGAUUAAUAGACGUGUCUAGAAGGAGCGAAAUAAAAAAUUGCGAUGCUGAAACAAAAUUGUUGGAAUUUUUACAAAAAUAUAUUUCAAAACGUACCUGUCCACUUGCUGGGAAUUCUGUUUGUAUGGAUCGAUUAUUUCUCACAACACAAAUGCCUUUAGUUAAUGACUACUUACAUUAUCACAUAAUUGACGUGUCAUCUCUCAAGGAACUCGUGAGACGCUGGCAACGUUCAAAAUAUCGAGAUAAACCACCAAAAUAUUUAUGUCCCCGAGCACUUUAUGGCGUUAAAGAAAGUAUAGAAGUAUUAGAAUAUUACAGAAAAUGUUUAUUUCAACCCGAGAGUCAAUAGUGACGAAUUAAUUCCUCUUUAGUUGAAUUUAAUCUUGCCAAUAUUUCUUUAAGUAUUUAAAAUGAUAUUAAUUAUACAAAACUGAUUGUGUUUUUCAAUUAUAUACAAAACUAAUUGUUUUUACAAAAAAUUUGUUUUACAAAAAAUUACAAUAAUUUACUAAUUAUACAAAACUGAUUAAUUUACCAAUUAUACAAAAACUAAUUGUUUUAUGAAUAAAUUAUUAGAAUGAAA